CUUUUCGCCUUCCACUCACCUCCUUCACGCCCUGUUCUCUCAAUCUCUCUCCUCGCAGUUCUACUGUCAGCUCUCUCCAUGGCUUUCGCUGCCCUGCGACUGUUCGUUAUCUUCGGCCUCUUGGCUGCCUCCUGCUUUGCUCAAGCCCCUCGAGGUGCACCGGCACAGCCCCCAACAGCAACCCCACCGACGGCCAGAUCACCUGCUCCCAGCACCCCGCCGCCGGCCACUCCACCACCAUCCACCCCUCCUCCGGCUGCAGCACCUGCUCCCACCACUCCUUCACCAAUGGCAUCUCCUCCUUCACCUACCCCUGCCGGUUCUCCACCACCGUCCUCUGAAUCACCUGCUAACUCCCCCACCUCACCUCCUCCUGAGGCUCCUACACCCGCUGGCGACGGUGCCCCUGCUUCCCCGCCGUCUGAUGGUUCCUCGCCGCCGCCAUCUGCUGCAUUCUCCGUCAGCAAGGCGUUCGUUGCCGGGACAGCUCUCGUGGGUACAUUUGUGGCCAUGGCCGUGAUCGCUUGAAGCUAGGAAGGAUGGAUUGGUUUCGUUAUCGGGAUUCGUCCACGUUGGAGAGAGAUAGGCCGUCGAUCUUGAUAUUUAUUGGACGGACGGACGAGAUCUGUUUGAUUUUUCUUCCGAGCUUUUCUUCUAUUUCGAUUCUCCCGAUCCGUUUCCUAUCUACUAUUAAUUGAGGGGUUUACUUUUUUUUUUUUUUUGUUUUCAUUGUGCUUCUAUGUUGAUUCGAGAUUUGAUGGUGAUGAUUAUUUGGUGAUUCAUUGUUGUGUUUUACACGUGUAUGUAGAUGACUGCCCUGAUCAUUUCGGUGUACAUCUCUAAUGAUAGAAUAUGAAUAAAACAGCUUGUAAUUCUUUUA